AUGACGCGUGGCCUCUUGGCCUUUGCCUUGGCUGCUGCAGCUGGGCUUGCCUCUGGACAGCAGACGGGCGGAACAGGAGCUUAUCCAGCGAAGUAUAACCUCAUUGACCCAGAUCCGUCCUGCAGGUAUGCUUCAACUGUGUGGACAGACAAAGGGCCUCAGUGCCCAAUAUAUUCAGGGGCAGCCGAUGUUGAUGUCAUGGCCGCCCAUCCGAAUGUCAUGGAGAGGACGCUGUAUGUGAUGCGGAACAUGGCUCGCUUGUUCCCUACCUUUUAUGCUGCGUCGGAGUGGGGAUGGUCUUCAGCCACAUACAAGGACGACUGCCAUCAAUCGCACUCACCGGAGCGACCCUACUAUUUCAUGUCCGAGGCCGUUCAGGCUGCGAGGCUCAAUGCCUUCUCUGGGGCUACGACAUAUUCAGGAUGCAGCAGGAGUGCGUGUGGAUCUGCUUCUUCACAUUUCACUUGCUGCGACUACUGUGAAUUCAACAUUUGGGCUCAGUGCGGCUUCAAGUACCGCACGCGCGGCAUCGUCCAGCCCCUUUUCUCCAAGAAUGCGUGGAAUGAUGUUGGCUCGGAAGGGAUCUGGGGCCAGAACACGGCUUUCAUUUCUUCUGCUGCGCAUUGCGGCCAGAACUUUAACCCGGCCUACGACCACCAGGGUAUCGGCUUCUACCCAGGAGGGGCGACUACCAUGGUAGGCAUCAAGGACACGGGAGAUUGGGAGGAUCAUGUGUUUCCACAUGCCACGCACUUUGACUGGGAUUCCUCCGAUCAUUUCACGUUCUUGGUACAGUGGUUUGGCAAGAAGCAGACGGUUCCAAGAAGGGUGGUGCAGCUCUUCCUCCUUUAUGGUGGGGAGGCUACUGACAUGGGCAGCCCUUUUGCUGGAGAUGAUGCUUCAGGCUUCUUUGUGAAGCAGAAGCCUCUGACUGCUACCUGCGAGCCCUGCGCCUUCAUGGCUCAGGACCAGAUCGGAGAAUGGCAUCGCCUUCCCGAAGAGAAGGAAUAUUAUUUCGGAACGGUCAGCCAGCCUCAAAGCUUGCUGGAUGGAUCUGCAGCAUGUGCGGAGAAUCACUACUACUUCGACGGGUCCGAAUGGAGUGCCAACGGGGGCCCCGGGCUCGCCAACAACAAGACCGAAGCAGGUGGCUGUGCGGCUUGGGCUGGACUACCAAUCUCCAACCCAUAA